AUGAUGGAGCGCGCGGGGGCCGGCUUGGGGUUCAGCAAGCUCAGGCACAUGCUUGUCGAUGAUGGUAAGCUGCUGCUUACUGCCUUCAUGUUCGGCCUGGUGAUCUGGACCAUCAUGAGCUGCCUCUAUUACCUGUCCAACAGAACCAGCACAAAUGAGUUAGCCGUGUGGGAAGUAGCUCGGUACGAAGACAGAAGCGAAUGUCAAAAGGAAGACGGCUCGGACGACAAGGAUUGCGAAGGGAAAAUCAUGGGCUGGAAAAAGUUCGAGUCCAUACCGUCCACGAUGUGGUACGUCCUCAUAAACUUGUGCAAGGAACACCCACUGGCCGAUGCGCACGUCGAUUUCUGGCAGCGCCUUUGGUGCAUCAUCGUGUGUAUUUUCGCGAUGCCGCUAUUCGCGCUGCCCACGAGUGUUCUGCAGUAUGCGUUGCUGAAGCAGAGGUCCACAGACGACGACCCGAGUCGCUUUAGCUCAUCCGUGGAUCUCGAUGUUUCCUUCUUCGGCCUCCAGCCCGUUUAUGGCGGUCUGGUAGCAGGCUCCCUAAGCUUCUUCUCGAUAGUGAGCUGGUUCUUUUACACUGCCCGCGGAACAAACCACGACUCUUUCUUUCUCAUCCCGGUCCACAUCGGGUCCACGGCCCUAGCAUGUGUGGAUGGAGUAGUCGCUUUCAUCUUCAUGUUGGAGUGGGCGGACCAUCUGCGCAGACAUGGGCGCGCGUAUGUCGUAACGCUGCACGCUUGCAUUGACCUGUUUGCGUGGUUGUCCGCCAUCCCGCACAUCUGCCUCUUCGUCUCAGGCUCGACCCCGGUGAGCGACUGGAUACUGGCACUCUGCUUAAUUCGCGUCUUCAAGACGGAGCGCUAUCUACACAGCUUCCGCGACCUCAGGCAGGUCGCCUACGAGAGCAGGGGCAUUCUGGUUGCGGCCCUCUUCUUCUCCGCCUUCGUGUGGAUGGCGUACUCGCAUGGGUUGUACGUCACCGAGCGCUAUCAGUAUGAUACGGAAAUGGUGGAGUCAUAUGGGUCUUUGAUGCGUUCGCCUUGGGCAGAGGUCAUUAACCUGCACGGAGAGUGGCCUUGGGCAGACUAUUCCAUCCCGGGCAAGGGCAUAGCGACAGGCGCCUGCCUCUUCAGCAUCAUGCUCUUUUGCAUUCCGAUUUCCAUCAUCGGCCAGGGGAUGCUCCGCAAGAUGAUCGAAGGACACGACGCCAACGACAACGCCGAUUUCGACCGUCGUUGUUGGCAGGCGCACUGGCAGCCGCAGACCGCCGGGCUCCAGCGGCAGCUUUACGACUUGUUCUUCGAGCAGGUGCACCUGCCAGAAGGCAGCCGCCCGUCCGUUCCGUUCCGCCUGGCCCGGGCCUUGAGCUUCGUUGCCGUUGCGGCGUCGACGUUCAUCGUGUGCGUGAACACGGUGGACGAGAGCGAGUUCGGCGGCCAGUUUGGCACUAUAUUCUGGGCAUGCUACGCGGUGGACUGGUUAAUCAUCGGCUUCUUCAUUGCAGAGUUUGCUGCAAGAACAGUGGCACUUGGGUGGCGCCACCCAGCAUCAAUAUUUGGGAUGCUCCAGCUGUUUUCGCUCUUCGCUGAGUUGUGGACCCUCAAGCCGAGCCUCCGUAAAGAAGCAUUUCAUCCAGAGUACGGCAACGGGGCACUCUUGGAGGACAUAAUCGUCCCGAUGAGGUUGUUGCGUCUCUUCACUUUGGAACAGUACAUCUUCUCGUUCCAUACACUGAAGAACGUCUUGUACCUCAACCGGAAGAUGCUCGCUCGCAGCGGAAGCGUGAUGGUCUCAACGUGGUUCUGCCACGCUACGAUUCUGUAUCUGUUCGAGCACGAUUUCACGGGCGAUAAACUGCAGGACUUCCGGGACGAGAUCAAUGAGUGCUUCGAGAAGGAGGAGUCGAAGUGCAAGUGGCAGACAUUGGAUACGUGCGAGGAUAAGGACGCAGUUGAAGAGUGUAAUGGAGACCUUCCGAUGUUCAUGCGCUAUGUCAGCGUCCUGCGAGGUUUGCAAUACAGCAUUGUGCACCUUUUUGGGGACUACCCUGAGACAGACUACACGUUUUAUGCCAAGGUUAUCCACUUCAUGGGCAUCAUGUUUGGGAUCGCGAUCAUCGCGUCGUUCAUCGGGACUUUCACUGGCGGUGUAACUAGCUACAUUAGAGAAGAGCGGCACGCGAAAAUGACUCAGCUCAAGCAAAAGCAGGUAAUGGCGAGCAUCAAGGUCGCGAGGGCCAUCCAGCGGAACUACCGAGCGAAGAAGAAGGCGGGGCUGUUGGGCGAGUCGCCACGCGUGCCUCUUCCGAAAAUCGUCCUCGUCUCUCGGGACAUUCGGGCUCGGCGUUCGGCAAGCACGUCCGCUCAUUUUUUGCUGCUAUUCUGGUCAUCGACCUCCUGA